AUGAAAGACCCAGGAAGGCCGAGAAGUAGUCCCAGCACCUUUGGUCCAUCACCAGAAUCCAUUACAUGGACGACGACCAGUGGACUAGGACUGCAAUACACGACGGCCGGUGGUCAACCCUCACCACCGCCAGCAACCUCCACAACCACAUUUCCCCCCAACGUAUUCCAGACCUAUCCCACAGAUGACCACUACAGCACAUCAAGCCCACCGCGACUGCGCCAGCCACAGCCACGAAAGGCAUUUACAUCCAUCGCACCCAGUCCAGCAGCAGGUCCUGAUUCAGGCAAGCGGAAACGAGACGAUGACCUGGAUCUCCAAUCUGGUGGCAGCGGCGUUGGCGGUGGCGGGAAGCGCAGGAAGCGUGCCACCUCGGUAGCGUCUCAAGCAGAUCUGAGCGAGGACGACCGCUUUCUGGUGCAGCUCAAAGAAGACGAAAACAUUGCCUGGAAAGACAUUGCCGCCCGUUUCAUGAACGAAAAGGGCAAGAACUUCCAAGUCGCUGCUCUCCAAAUGCGCUACAAGAGGCUCCGAGAAAAGUUCCGCAUCUGGGAAGACCAGGAUGUCCAAGCAUUGAAACUCGCGCACGAGUAUUGGGAAAAGUACAAGUGGGAGAUUAUUAGCGCCAAGGUAUGUUGUGGUGGUAUGCUAGACUUUGGAGUUCAAGAAAGGUGGCCCGCACGCCACUGCGCUCGCAAGUGGACGGAACUUGAGCCCAGCAGUAGUACUCCUGCCCCGCAGCCUGCCACCACGACUACGGCCACGGCCACGGCCACCACGGCCACCAGCGCCGCCACCACUCUUGGAUUGACCCCAGCAUCUGUGUCAUCGUUUUCGAGUCCUGUCGAAGGACAGCCUCACUAUGCAUUCAUGUCCUCCAUGUCGUGA